CCUCGUACUGCCAGCAAGUCGAUAUACCCAUGUCUUGGUAUUGUCUUUUUCAUUGUUCAUAGUUUCUUUUCUGCACAUAAUUGACGAGGUGGUCGUGUCUCACAUAUAUAUUAUUAUAUGUUCAUUCUUCACAUCCCGGAGCCACAUAAAGUGCAAUAAAACUCCCCCCUCAUCUACCAACCCCCUCUCCGCUGCUACCAUACUCCCCAAUUGACAUGCGUAUUGUUUCUACCAAGUCUCUCGACAAGGAGAACAUCCCCAUCAAUACUCCCCCGCCAUUGUUGAAACAACCUCACGAACAAUCUUCUACACUGCGACCAUUCAACUCUACUCCUCAAUCCGGGAUCGUAGAACAAGAUCAAGACGUUUCCAGUUGCGCCACAAUUCCUAUGCCACCCUCGCCCCUUUCUAAUCCUAGGAAAUAUUACGACUCUUCAGUAUCGACCCUUGUCAAGUCUUUAAGCCCUCAAGCUGAAGUUUCUUACACGGAUCUAAAUGAAGCUUAUACCGAACUUGCUAAUAGGAUCCGCACCGAUGCAGAUGCUAUCAACGACGAAACCCAAGCCCAUCCCUCUCUCGCCGUUAUCCGCAAGGCCUCAUCAUCAAUAGUUCAAGCUAUGCGAAGAGACAUCAAGCUUAUAUUGACUGAACCUUCCCUGGAAGCUCUCACCGGCUUGAAGACACCAACAAACGAACAAGCACUGACAGCCUUGGAAGCGUACUAUUCCUUGACUAACAAUACCUUGAGACUAUUGUCGGAUAUAUUUUCUAUGAGGCCUCUAUAUAAACAAUUCACAGCUGGAGAGCUCCGAUCCCUCUUAGGCGAGAUCACACCAGUAUAUCUGGCGCAAAAACUUCCCUCUCCAAACCCUCAGCGUGUCCGCGACUUUAUAUUAUGGAUACUGAGCAGUCAGACCUUGCCUCCCGAUGUACUUAGCCCGUAUGCCCCCACAGUGGCAAUACUUGCUAGGCAGGCGCUCAGUAGUGGUACCGAGAAGAGCCAAAAUCGUACCAAUAGUUUGAAGAUAAUACUCAAGCUCGUCACCAACUACAAGGCCGAAAUCGCGCCUUCGCUUCUCCCGUUCUUCUCGAACCUUCUUCUUUUCCUGCUCGCCCCCAAUUUUGAAUACCGGCUGCUCGUUACCCGCAUUAUAAGCCGUCUCGCCGCAGCAAAACUCGAAAAUGGCUCAGCGUUUGUGGAAGAUUUCCAGUCUAUCGCAGCCAAGAUCCGCGACUUCAUCGCUGAGUAUUCCUCACUAACAGCUAAGCAGUCUGAGUUGGGGGACAUCAGGACUGCUCUCAGUCCCAAACGUGCGGUUGAAACACAGAACCCCGGGUGGUCGCUAGUCGCUAUUUCCUCGCUCAUCGUAUUAUCCGACUAUGGCGCUCUAACGCAUCGUCCGUCGAUCGUUCUAUUCGUGAAGACGCUUUCAGAAGCCCCCUCACAGCAACGGCUGAAAAGACUUCAGCCUAUUGUUUGGAAGUGCCUUGUCUGGGCCUUCUCGUCUGUGCUUGAAAUGAGGACAAUGUCGGAUACCCCCCGGGCCGAAGAAACUGUUGAGAAGGCCUUUCUUGUCGUUCAAGAAGAGCUGAAAGGCGGUAUCGGGGAGGCCAUCAUGGCUGCCGUACUUAACGCUGAGGAUGGAUCCACCGAAGGCGUUUCGCGAGCGCUGUCGGUCCUUGAAAAGAUGGUGUCUAGUGAUCAUGUCCCGACACGCGCCGAUGGUAUUUUUCUCUUGAGCCAGGUGCUUGGCUCCAUUGGAACGUCAUCUCUGCCGGGAAAAGACAUUCCGGCCGUCAAAUCCUAUCUACCCCUAGAGCUCCUCGAUGGUACCAUACUAAACGCAACGUCAAAGACUAUUUCAUCUGUUGUCGAGGCGAUGAACAAGCAAUCGCCUCAUUUACUCUGGCAACUUUCCGAAGAGGAUAUUAUCCGGAAAUGGGACGUCUUGAUCGAUAUCUGGAUAACCGCAUCUACUGCGGUCUUGCGGGACCCCGAUACUGCUCUACUUAAAAAUCUCAUCGGGACCUGGCAGUCGUUGCUUUUAGUCCAAACACAGUUAACACAGGGUGGAGUACACCUGACGACAUCGUCCGGCUUCACAGGUCAGGUAUUGAGCACCAUGUCCGGCUUUCUUCCAACGUCAGGACCCAAUGGAAGUGUCGAGGCACUUACUCGGUCACUAAGAUUCGUUUCUAGCCUAUGGUCAGUAGCCAAGAACGUCUUCUCUGAUCCCUGGCUCCACGGGCUUGCAGAAGAUCUGUUGAAGAAGAUUCUUGCAAUUCAGUGUCCUGCAGACACCCCAGAUCUCCACUCAGCGUGGGCAAACCUUUGCGAGGACUUGGCGGCUUCCUUAGAUGUUUCUCGUUGCAACGAAUUCGGUAUUCUAGGAGACAUCAUGAGCUCCGAACCGGGUGUUACAAUGCGGCUGUGGCGUGUUCUAGCUCGCAAGUGGAAGGAUGUCGAUCUCCUUUCGGAACAUGUCCUCGUUACUUUGUUGAAGGUGUCUUUUGGGAAAUGGCCGACGACAAAUAAUGAUCUCGAAAUAUGGCGAGAGCUUCUUUCCAAGACGACAUCUAAGGCAGCUGUUUCAUCGAGUAAAUUAGUGUCCGAUAUUCUCGAGGAUAAUUAUUCUAAGUCGUAUAUCGAUCCGAAGCAGUUCUUGACACUUUUCAUUACUGCAGGCACUAUCGAUUUGUCCAACCGUGUUCUCCAAGUCGCCGAUGAAAAUCUCUCAGCCCUUUACCCCCCUCCUGCUGAUGCUUUACCGUUAUGCCUUCAAACCUUACGUUUUCUCGGCCAGAUGAUACCGUCUUCGUCUUCUAUUCUCAACAUUGUUACAUCCUUCCAGCAGUCUCUCCAAUUAUGGAUAGCAGAUGAAUCUAACAUACUCUCCUCCGCCGAUCACGAAGAACUGAUACGUCAAUUGUAUUGCCGGCCACUUGAUAUGUUGCAUAAGCACGAAUUAUCGAUUUCUGUUCUCGAUAAACUGUCCGCAUUUCUCGCUUGUGGCUUCUGCCACGAUCAUUCGGGCCUCGGGCCGGCCGCCUUUACAAGGUUUUGGUGCGCCACCUACCGGGACGUCAAAGAAUUCUAUGGGCGUUAUCCCCCACCUAUCGUGAAAUGUUUGUCCGUUCUAAACGAUAUCAAUAGCCAGCUUGUUGGUGAUGGCCUCCCAGAAUCACAGUUUACCCCCUGUUCUAUCGUACCUGACUCGGACCCGCACAGUGGGCACUCUAUACCAUUAGAUAGCUCCCGGCGGGGUCGGGCUUCAAACAGCACUCCGAGGCUUGUCUAUCUCGAAGAAUAUCCUGAGCCUGCAGGAUCAUCAAACGUAUCCUCUUCUCCGGCAGCUCCACUUCCGUUUUUACCCCCUCAGUCUAGCCCUGUUGGAACUGAAGCGCCCGCUACGCCAUCUCCUGAGCCUCGUGAAUUUUUGCCCUCCUUGAAACGUUCUAGUCCUUCAAACUCAGACGGUGACAAUCAAGCAAAGAAGCGGAAGAUUCUAGCUGGUGCUGGAGCGUUUCCAUAUUCGCCUCCAGGUGCGAGUAGGAAGCAAGUCUUUGAGGGUGUUGUCAUCCCACGAUACACCGCGUCUACGGCACAUAGAAGUCGUGAGAGCCAAUUGAUGACACCUGGGCCUUCCUCCCAAGAUUCUUUCUCUAUGGAUUUAGAUGAGGAGGCACCCAUCGUUAAUGACGCUUAUGAAGAGCAUGCCGAAGCAGGUACAGUUUCAUUUCUGUCCAUGCCUAAGGCUCUUUCUGAAAUGUCGGUGGUUGUUGGAGAAUUUUCUGAUGAUCAUGGCCAUGAGGACAUAGCUGGGCGACAUCUUACCGAACCUCUUCCGGCAUCCUCAGCUGAAGACCGACCGCCACUACGGCGCAAUCAGACCACGCCGGCUAAUUCGAGCACUCCUGCUGCGCUAGAUGCUCUGCGUCGGGCGUGCACUGCCUUUAGCGGUGACGCUCCCAUGCAGAGAGAAGCUUUGAUGGAGGCGCAGCACCUGGUUCACACUCUUAGUAGGAAGGAUACUUGAGCAGAUGGGGAAAUGCUUUAACUCCUCUGUUCAAUAACUGGAGCCAGACCUGUGCAAUGUAUAUCACAUUAUAAAUGU